AGAUAACGCACCUAGGCUACAUUUGUAAUCAGAGCGAAGAGGAAAGAGGACUCGUCCAUAUUAUAGCUGCUGUUUCAGCGGUUUCCGUGGUGAUGGACCCUCCCGGCGGGCGAGAUGAGCGUCGCCGUCAGGCUGAGCGUCUUCGGCGGGAGGAGGCAUACUACCACUUCAUCAACGAGCUCAGUGAGGAGGAGUAUCGGCUCAUGAGAGACAGCAACCUGCUGGGCACGCCAGGUGAAGUCACAGCUGAGGAGCUGAGGCAGCGUCUGGAUGGAGCCAAGGAGCGCGUGUCCUCGCAGCCUCGCUCUGAAUCACGUCCACAGAACAGUGAGGCGGGACAGGAGGGCAGCAGUGCUGCCGCUGAGCCGGGGGCCGAGAGCACCAACGGUGACUCUCUGCUGGAGUGGCUGAACACGUUCCGGCGCACGGGCAACGCCACUCGCAGCGGCCAGAGCGGCAACCAGACGUGGCGCGCUGUCAGCCGCACGAAUCCGAACAGCGGCGAGUUUCGCUUCAGCCUGGAAAUCAACAUCAACCACGAGCAGCCCGAGCCAGGGGAACACAGCGACGCUUCUGACCCUGUCGAACUUCCUGUUCCGCAGAGGGCCUCUGCAUCUAUACGCACUCCCCCGAGGCCUGCGCCCUAUUCCACUCAACACCCCUCCUCUUAUUCUACAACCAGGCCCACUCUGGGGAGGCGGGCUCAAGCCAGGCGCACCCGCAGUAGCACUACCCCACCCAUAACCCCGCCUCUGAUCUCACAGGCACCGUAUACGAAUUUGAGAAGGAACCUUGCUUUGCCUCACCCAGCAUCGCUUCCUCCUCCUCCUCCUCCUCCUCCCCCUCCCCCUCCUUCACAGGCCACGCCUACAUCCUUGCCUCAAGAGCAGGAUAGUAUUAACAGUGUGCAGGGUCAAGUCCAGCUGCAGCCUCCUUUACUGAGUAAUGAGGAGGAGCAGGAAGCUAAUGAUGCUCCAGACUGUCCAGAAGCUGCGUCUCAGGCCAGCGUGCAGGGGGCAACAGCUAAUCGUGAGGCACGCAGAACUCGUUCCCGUGGCCGGGUCCGCCGGAUAGCUCUGUCCCGGUCCUCACGCCGUAGCCGCUCACCUCUGGAUAGAAACUCUGCCCGAAGCUCUAGCCCCACCCCCAGCAACAGUGCUCCUGCGAUAGAGUCCACCGGGAACACGGCGGCUGCUGCUGCUGUGGAGAUGGUGGAAGUUCCUGCUGAGCCGACGGCACCGGUGGAAUCCGCCCCUGAAGUGGCCACUGAGGAAGGUGAGACUCCCGCAUCAGGCGCAGCAGGAGGCGUCCGCCGGCACCCAACUAUCAUGUUGGAUUUGCAGGUGCGCCGAAUCCGGCCAGGCGAGAACCGAGACCGGGAUAGCAUCGCCAGCCGCACACGGUCUCGUGCCCGCGCUGCUGAAAAUACAGUCACCUUCGAGAGUGACAGCGGCGGCUUCAGACGGACCAUCUCGCGCUCAGAACGUGCAGGCAUCCGCACUUACGUAAGCACUAUCCGCAUUCCUCUGCGCCGCAUCUCAGAGACAGGUCUGGGCGAGCCGAGUUCCACAGCGCUGCGCUCCAUCCUGCGGCAGAUCAUGACCGGUUUCGGAGAGCUCAGCUCUUUAAUGGAGACCGAGGCAGACCCGGAAGGCUCCGCUCCUGGACAGAAUGUAGGAGUCAACGCUGCAUCUCAGACCCAGCGUGCGCAGGGUGGUGAAGCCACGACAGGGAACGCUGUAACCGAUUCGGGACGAGAGAGUGGAGCAGUGGGUGAGGCUGGCCAGGUGAGGGUGGGCACUAACGGACGGGACACGAAUAACCUGGUUGAGAACGGCACCUUGCCUAUCCUGCGGCUGGCGCAUUUCUUCUUGCUGAACGACGAGGAGGACGACGAGCACCCACGCGGUCUCACCAAAGAGCAGAUCGACAAUCUGGCCACGCGCACCUAUGGCCAGGCGAGCCUAGAGGGCGAGCAGGGGCGUGCCUGCAGUGUGUGCAUCAAUGAGUACGCCCAGGGCAACAAGCUGCGCAGCCUUCCCUGCGCACAUGAGUUCCACAUCCACUGCAUCGACCGCUGGCUCUCGGAGAACAACACGUGCCCCAUCUGCAGGCAGCCCAUUCUGUCCAGCCAUCAGGACUGACUCCUUCCCUCCAUCGCUCCUGUACAUAGCGCUUCAGCUGUUCCACCCGUUCCGUCAUCAGAUCCCACUGUAUUCAGCUGUAGGUAGAACCAAAAGAAGAAACGACACGGAUAAUUAACAAAGCUUUAUUUUUUUAGACCUGUGGCUUUUUUUUGCCCCCCCCCCCAUCUGCCUAGUCCUCUCCAUCCUGCUUCAGGGUUCCGUUAACAAAAUGCAGCAGAUAUGAUCUGUGACGAGUCAGUGUUAGCAAAAGCUAAUCUUCAGCAUUUCACUUAAUUUCAUUAAAUGUAUUUUAUAGAUUGAUCUGUACAUGCCAGACUACGAGAAUUGUAAAUAUAUGAAUGCCUGUGCUUUUUUUUAUUUUAUUUUAUUUUGUUUUUGUUGGGGGGCAAGAGUUUGAUGUUGAUCCCACAGUAUAGAAACCUGCGUAAGAUAAGCUCCUCUUUGAAUCGAUUUGAAGUUUAGUUUACUAAGACAGCACGCUCUCUUAACAGAAUGUUGCAUUUUUAAGGCUUUUAACAUUUGUAGCGUGGCGCGUGGUCAGUCAGGGCGUGGUGGCUACGGACCCCUGCUCCCUGCUGUUUGCAACAAAUUCAUGGUUUUAUGAUUAUAGUAAUUGAAAUGGCUGCAAGCCGCUUAACACUACAUGCUGUAAUGGUAUGGACUGAAUACUUUUUUUUUUUCUCCACUUCACUUUUCUGACAAAUAAUUUUAUUAAUAAUAAUACAGUGGUGCUUGAAAGUUUGUGAACCCUUUCGAAUUUUCUAUAUUUCUGCAUAAAUAUGACCUAAAAUAUG